AAACAUAUUGUUGCCUAUUGGCAUUGCACCUUAAAUUAUUUGUAUUUGUUAUCAUUGUUCUGUGUUCACUUUACACAGUACACUUCAUAUUGUAAUUCGCUUACGAUUAUUAAUAUACUUUAAAUUUUAAAUCGUUCCUAUGGACAUAAUGUAAUACUGCUAAUAGAUACAUAGAUUACCGUUCAUAUAUUACGUUCGUAUUGCAUUGUGUUAUAUUUUAUGACAUCUUACCAAUAGCUGUUUUUAUUUUGACACAUCCACGCCUUUUGUGUCUGUUUAAAAAUCUUACAAAGUUCAUUAAAUUUAAAAAAAACUUCAAAAAUGGCCGUCUCGGCAGCUGCCGCAUUACUCGAUGAACUCAUGGGUCGCAAUCGGAACGAUGGCCCGAAUGCCCAGAAGAAGCCAGUUCAUUGGGAAGAUCCAGAGUUUUGUAAAUACUUCAUAGUCAAAUUUUGUCCCCAUGAUUUGUUUGUAAACACGCGUGCUGAUCUUGGAGCUUGCCCUAAAGUUCAUUGCGAGGAAGCAAAAAAUCAGUAUUUAGAAGCAAGCAGUCGUUCAAAAAUGCAAUACGAAGAUGAAUUUGUUGGAUUUGCUACUGUUUUGUUAAAUGAUGUUGAGCGACGUAUUGAAAAAGGCAAACAAAGGUUGGAGCUUAUGAAUAAAACUGAAACGCCAGUUUCUCAUUCAAAUAGUCAGAGUCAAAAAAACCAAGAGCAAAUCAAAUUGUUAUCAGAAAAAAUUAAUGGAUUAGUUCAAGAAGCUGAACAAAUGGGUAUUAGCGGUCACGUAGAAGAAGCUCAAGGACUUAUGAAACUUUGUGAUCAACUAAAAGAGGAACGUGAUGCAUUAAGGAAACAGAAUGAAAGUAUACAUUGGUCACAGACUUACGAGUUAGCUGCUGCACAAGAGAAGCAAAUGGAAGUGUGUGAAGUUUGUGGAGCAUUUUUAAUUGUUGGAGAUGCCCAGUCUCGUAUUGAUGAUCAUUUAAUGGGCAAGCAGCAUAUGGGCUAUGCACGGUUAAAAAACGCUGUAAACGAAAUACAAGAACAAAGAAAGAAAUAUGUGGAAGAAAGAGAAAAACAAAGAGAAGAAGAAAGAAAAAAAAGGUUGGACACUAUUAGAAGUCAUUCAAAGGACAAAGAUCGACAUAGUCGUGACCAUGAUCGGGAUAGGCGAUCAAAAAGUGAUCGUAGUUCUAGAGAUCGAUCUCGCCAUAAAAGUGAUAGAAAACCAGAUCACCAUGAAAGAGAUCGCAAAAGAAGUAGAAGCCGUGACCGCCGUCACAGUAGUAGUCAUAGGCAUAGAGGGCACAAUGGACAUAUUCGAAAGGAUCGUUACUAGACUAUUGGAUUCAAAAUUAUGACUAAUAUCAUGUUUUAAUAUUCAAAACUUCAGGUGACUACUUUAUUUAUUGAUAAUUUUAAUAUAUUAUUAAAAUUUCUUUGUAAAAUAUUCAAAUAACAGUAAUAAAACAAUGUUGUUGACGUGGUGUAUAAAGUUGAAACGAAAAUUGGGUAAAACUUAUUUUAUAAAACAAUUUAUUUUAAUCAAAUGAACAAAAAACAAUGCAAAUAUGUUGAUACCAUUAUGUAGCUGAAGACAGUGGCUCAUAUUGGGCGCUUGUAUCAAAACGUGUGUAUUCAUCUAAUUUGAAUGCCUGCAGAUCGUCAAAAAUUACAUGUCUUUUUGUCAGGUAUUUAUAAUAAAGAGGUAUUUAUGACACAAAAGUAAAAUAUCUGAGAUAAAAAUAGCCUUUGAAUAUGCAGCCAAUGUAAAUAAUAAGUGUUUGAUGUGAAAAAAAUGUACAAACAUUUAUAUUAUUUUUAAUCAAUAGACUACAAUAAAAAAUUAAAGUUCUUUGUGUAUAUAUGAAAUUAAUACCGAAGAAGAAAGCCAUAAGAAUAUUAUCUAUAGUGGCGUAUUUACGGAGGCGGUAAUAUGGAAAUGAUCCCACUUGAUUUUUUUUUUUUACUUUUUUUUUGUGAUUUCAAUAUGCACAUUUAAAUUGAUAUAAGUUCAACAAAAACUGAAUGCUAGAGGAGAGGUGGAGGAUAAAAUUACCUUUAACACUGGAAACGAGCCUUUUUUCCAGGAAGGACAAACACUCGUUAGACUUUAGUCUUUCAUUCUUCUUCAAAGUGUAAUUUAUUGAUAAAUUAUUUUAUCAAUAAAUUGAACGUAUGUAUGUUAUCAUUUUUAAAUCAAACAUAGUCUCCCUCAAUAUUAUAUGUAAGUUAAAUUUCCUUCACUCCCAUCGAUUAAGUUUGUAUUUACGCCACUGCAUUUACCCGUAUGUUUUUUUAUAUUAUGUAGGACAAAUUGUUUUUUUUAAUCGCUGUCUUAUUACUAUCAAAGGUAAUGAUGGUCUUGACGACCAUCGGCGUAGGUCAAAUCGACCUACGUUUUUUAUAUAAGAUCCCAUGUUACUUUAUUUUUAAUAUAUAGAUAAGAGAAACAUAUUUGGUUACAUUAAUAUGUAUAUGUAUAUAUAAUAUGUACUUUAUAUAGUCUAAAAAAAAAGUUCCAUGUUAAAUUUAUUAUUAAAUUGGCGUGUUAUAUU